AUGGACUCCAGAUCGACAACACCAACGCCAUUCCCGACCCUCCAGGUGGUCCAACACGAACAAACAUCAACCACAGACCUCAAGACAGCAUCAUCACCGCCUAAGCCACCAUCUCCAUACGGCAAUCUGCACUGGACCCAAUAUCUCCUCCGCCUUUUUCUCCUCCUCACAUCCGUCGCCCUUCUAGUCCUCACGGUAUUGAUCACGGCAAAAUGGGGACAAGAACAUAUGGAAAAGAUAUACGCGGUUAUCAUCGCUGGGACGGCCAUAGCAAUCAUCACAGACCUCGGCACUGUUUAUUUCCUCUUUAUCGGGAUGUCACAAACAUCGACACCAGUAGCCAUCGCCGUCCUGGAUGCUAUUGCGCUUGUCAUGUGUGCAGUGGGCAUCCCGAGUGUGGUGAGAAGUGAGUUCAAGACGGAGUUUGAUACGGCGGUGUGGGCGUUGGCAGUAGUUGUGAUCGUCGAGAGGAUUGCAUCAAUGGCUACUUGCCUUUGGGUCUGGAUUUUCAUCAAGAGAAGAAAAAACGAGGGGAUGAGAUCGGUUAUCUUCAAGCAGGAGAUGGGCGCGACUUCCCAGUCUGCUUUGGCGGCGAGGAGACGGGGGAAAGAGUCUGCUGGCCAGCAAGGGGCUGCGAUGGCUGGGGCAGGUGUUGCAGUUUCUUCCACUGGGGAGUAUUUGCAGCCUGAGAGUGCGAGGGCAUCAUCGGUUGGUGGUGGGAGGCCAAGCUUAGUGCUUGCGGGAGAUAUGUCGGGGAGAGCAAGCUUUCCGAGUAUCAUUGUGGGGGGAGACGGUGCUGAUGACCGAGUCUAA